GGUGGGGGGGAGGAACAUGGCGCAAGCUCUGUCUGAGGAGGAGUUUCAGCGGAUGCAGGCUCAGCUCCUGGAACUCCGGACAAAUAAUUACCAGCUUUCAGAUGAAUUACGCAAGAAUGGCGUUGAGCUCACCAGUCUUCGACAGAAGGUUGCCUACCUGGAUAAGGAGUUCAACAAAGCUCAGAAGGCACUGAGCAAGAGCAAGAAAGCUCAGGAAGUCGAAGGGCUACUGAGUGAAAAUGAAAUGCUGCAGGCAAAGCUGCACAGCCAGGAGGAGGACUUUCGUUUGCAGAACAGCACGCUUAUGGCGGAGUUCAGCAAGCUCUGCAGCCAGAUGGAGCAGCUGGAACGGGAGAACCAGCAACUGAAGGAUGGGGCUGCCAGGGCAGGCACUGCCCAGGCUGGGGGUCUUGUGGAUGGCGAGCUGCUGAGACUGCAGGCGGAGAACACAGCCUUGCAGAAAAAUGUGGCAGCCCUGCAGGAACGCUAUGGGAAAGAGGCUGGGAGAGCCCAAGUUGCCAAUGAGGGCCAAGGGGACCCUCCAGGGGGCCCCGCCCCCACUGUCCCAGCCCCCAUGCCACUGGCAGAAGUGGAGUUGAAAUGGGAAAUGGAGAAGGAAGAAAAGAGAUUGCUCUGGGAGCAACUGCAAGGCUUGGAGAGCUCGAAGCAGGCAGAAACAUCCAGGCUGCAGGAGGAACUUGCUAAGCUCUCUGAGAAACUGAAAAAGAAACAAGAAAGUUUCUGCCGUCUGCAGACAGAAAAGGAGACACUAUUCAACGAUAGCCGGAAUAAAAUUGAGGAGUUACAGCAGAGGAAGGAAGCAGAUCUCAAAGCCCAGUUGGCUCGCACUCAGAAGCUGCAGCAGGAACUCGAGGCUGCCAAUCAGAGCUUGGCAGAACUGAGAGAUCAGCGGCAGGGGGAGCGCCUGGAGCAUGCAGCAGCUCUGCGAGCCCUACAGGAUCAGGUGUCCAUCCAGAGUGCAGAUGCACAGGAACAAGUGGAAGGACUUUUGGCUGAGAACAGCGCCUUGAGGACCAGCCUAGCUGCCCUGGAGCAGAUCCAAACAGCAAAGACCCAAGAACUCAAUACACUCCGGGAUGAGAAUGCCGGUCUGGCAGCUGAUUUGCAGCAGCGGCAGACUGAGUACGAGGACCUCAUGGGACAGAAGGAUGACCUCAACUCCCAACUGCAGGAGUCAUUGCGGGCCAAUAGUCGGCUCCUGGAGCAACUUCAAGAAAUCGGGCAGGAGAAGGAGCAAUUGACCCAUGAGCUGCAGGAGGCUCGGAAGAGUGCCGAAAAGCGGAAGGCCAUGCUGGACGAGCUGGCAAUGGAGACACUGCAGGAGAAGUCCCAGCAUAAGGAAGAGCUGGGCGCGGUCCGACUGAGGCAUGAGAAGGAGGUGCUGGGGGUGCGUGCGCGCUACGAGCGGGAGCUCCGAGAGCUGCAUGAAGACAAGAAGCGGCAGGAGGAGGAGCUCCGUGGGCAGAUCCGUGAGGAGAAGGCCCGAACUCGAGAACUGGAGAAUCUCCAGCAGACCGUGGAAGAACUUCAAGCUCAGGUACAUUCUAUGGAUGGAGCCAAGGGCUGGUUUGAACGACGCUUGAAGGAGGCCGAGGAAUCCCUGCAGCAGCAGCAGCAGGAGCAAGAGGAAACCCUCAAGCAGUGCCGGGAGCAGCAUGCUGGCGAGCUGAAGAGCAAGGAGGAGGAGCUGCAGGGGGUGCGGGAUCAGCUCCAGCAGGCCCAGGAGGAGAGGGACUGCCACCUGAAGACCAUCAGCAACCUGAAACAGGAGGUGAAGGACACAGUGGACGGGCAGCGGAUCCUGGAGAAGAAGGGCAGUGCUGCGCUCAAGGACCUCAAGCGGCAGCUGCACCUGGAGCGGAAAAGGGCUGAUAAGCUGCAGGAGCGGCUGCAGGACAUCCUUACCAACAGCAAGAGCCGCUCUGGCCUCGAGGAGCUGGUUCUCUCAGAGAUGAACUCGCCAAGCCGUACCCAGACUGGGGACAGCAGUAGCGUCUCCUCCUUUAGCUACCGGGAGAUUUUGCGGGAGAAGGAAAGCUCAACUGUUCCAGCCAGGUCCUUAUCCAGCAGCCCUCAGGCCCAGCCUCCACGGCCAGCCGAGUUGUCCGAUGAGGAAGUGGCUGAGCUCUUUCAGCGCCUGGCAGAGACGCAGCAGGAGAAAUGGAUGCUGGAGGAGAAGGUGAAGCACCUGGAGGUGAGCAGUGCCUCCAUGGCGGAGGACCUUUGUCGGAAGAGCGCCAUCAUUGAGACCUAUGUCAUGGAUAGCCGGAUCGAUGUGUCUGUGGCGGCUGGCCACACGGACCGCAGUGGGCUGGGCAGCGUCCUGAGAGACCUCGUGAAGCCAGGUGACGAGAACCUUCGGGAAAUGAACAAGAAGCUCCAGAACAUGCUGGAGGAGCAGCUCACCAAGAACAUGCACUUGCACAAGGACAUUGAAGUUCUCUCCCAGGAGAUUGUGCGGCUCAGCAAGGAGUGCGUGGGGUCCCCUGACCCAGACCUAGAACCAGGAGAAGCCAGCUAAAGACCUGCAGGCUGCAGCUGCUCCCUCCCUUCCCCCCUCCCAGGACAACUUGCCCUUGGGCUCUGGUGGGAAAAUGGGGCCAAAAUCAAAUAGGUUGGGAGACUGCACAUUAAAGGGGCUGGAGGCCUGA